ACCCACGCCUGGUCGAGUCAAUGGGGCGAAGACGGGGGGGGUUCAGUCCUGUCUGCUUCUACCGCUUCGCCCCGCCCCCCGUCUCCCGGGGCAACAGCCUGUGCUCAGAGGCGGUGACAGGGCAGCGAGCUGAACGGACCAGAAACACAGCAAUUCUUAAAAUCAGCGCGUCGGAAAACACGGCUUAAAACACUCACAAGACCCCUGCAGUUAUAAAACGGCCACCGCUGUAAACUCGAAGGGGGUAAUAAUCGCUAAAGUUGGGUGAAACGGGCAGAUUUUCCCACAUGUGUGAGCAGAGCUCCAGUCUGUUUACGCUACGUUGCCGCCGUCACGUUCAGGGAAGCGUUUAGACGUGGCGGUGUCGCCUCUGCGGACUCUCUCACCGCUGUUACUUAUCAGGCCUGUGGCUUUUAUACAAGAUAACAAGUCAAGUCCGCAGACAGGAGCCGAGGAGGACGAUAAAGCCACGCAGUUCAGAGCCGUUUAAAACGUUAAAGCUGUCCAGCAUGACGGAUACGACAGCACACAGAAACGAGCCUGCUGGUGCCGCCGCCGUUCACCAAGGCGUCAAGGAUUAUUAUGGGAAAAUACUCAGCCAGACCUCUGAUCUGAAGAGUAAUGCCUGUGUGCCUUCUGCUAAGCCCAUCCCCACCUACAUCAGAAAAGCUCUGGCUGAAGUUCACCCUGAUGUCACAGCAAGGUACUAUGGCUGUGGGCUGGUGGUGCCUGAGUGUCUGGAAGGCUGCAGAUUGCUGGAUCUUGGCUGUGGCAGUGGCCGCGACUGCUACAUGCUCAGUCAGUUAGUGGGGGAAAACGGACACAUCACAGGAGUUGAUAUGACAGAAAAUCAGCUUGAGGUCGCGCGGAAGUUCAUCGAUUAUCACAUGCAGAAGUUUGGGUUUAAGAAGCCGAAUGUGAACUUUGUUCAGGGGUACAUCGAGGCCUUGAGGGAAGCUGGAUUGGAGGAGAAGUCGUAUGAUGUAGUAAUAUCUAACUGCGUGUUGAACCUUUCACCAGACAAGGCCAGCGUUUUGCAAGAGGCCUACCAUGUACUGAAGGAUGGGGGUGAACUGUAUUUCAGUGAUAUUUACAGCAAUGCCAGAAUUUCCGAAUCUCUCAGGGCCAACAAAGUAUUGUGGGGGGAGUGCCUGAGUGGGGCUCUGUGGUGGGAGGACUUUUUGCGACUGGCUGCAGAGGUUGGAUUCAGCGUGCCCCGAUUGGUCACUGCCAGCAUAGUUUCUGUAGGCAAUGAAGAACUACAGAGGCUUCUGGGUGACUACAAGUUUGUCUCUGCUACAUAUCGGCUCUUUAAGUUACCCAAGAACUGGGAGAAGAAGCGCUGCCUUGUCAUGUAUGAUGGAAACAUUACAGGUUCAGAAGAAAAAUUGGAGUUUGAUGCUCAGUAUACGUUUAAGGUGAAUGAGGUGAUGGAGGUUGAUGGAGAUGUGGCCAGCAUCCUGAAGAACUCAAGGUUUUCUGAAGAGUUCACAUUCCACUCUCAGGCAUCAACAGCAUGCUGUGCCAAACCCAAGGUCAUGCCUGUGAAUCCUUUCGAACUGGUUGAGCAGUUGGGAAGUAGUGAUGUGCUGUCAUCCACUGGAGGGUGCUGUGGUCCCCAGGAGUCAUGCUGCAUGUAAAAGUAGAAAGAAAAUGUCAUGUAAAGUGCCCAUAUCCUACUUUUUUUUUUUUUUUAAUUGUGGUUUUCCCUUCUGGUCCACUUAUAGGCCAAAUCAGAAUGUUUGUCAAUGUAGUGGAUGCCUACAAGUCUGGGCGGAUAACUUGCAUCCAGGCAUCCAGUCAGCAUGGAACGAGCUCAGUUUAUGGCAUAAUUUACAAUAAAUGCAAAACUAACCGACAAAUUGUUGGCAAUAAUUGUAAAAUCUUGUUGUGGGUACCAAAUUUACCCAAGUAUGUAGUGCUUUUACUUAAAUUUUCCAGAUGUUUCAUAUUUGGGUUAUUGUUGUUUUUGAAUUUGCAGCAGGAAAACAACCUUAAAGUUUUUUUUUUUUUUUUUUUACAUUACUAAAACACUGCUUCUAACUUUAGAAUGAAUGGGUGGGGCUACACUCCUUUAGGCUGAAUAGAUGGAUAUAUGGUAAAUGAUGUUUCACAUGACAUCACAGAAACAGUGAAUUUAAAACGAGCAGUUUUUGCAGCACAGUUUUCACGUAUGGACCGUAUGGACUGAGUAGUGAAUGCUGCACUUUGAAAUUUUAACAGUGUUUACAUAUUUACAGACUUAAAUGCCUUGUUUUUCAAAAAUGCAAGGAAAAAAAAGGUUUUCCAUUACAUGGGCCCUUUACCAUAAAGAGGUUUUAUUAAUGUUUGUAUUUUGACUGACAGUUUUGUUACCUCACAAGAAAUUAUAAUCAUGGCAUAUACAUAUCCUAAUGUUUUGAGUAGUUUAGUAAUGUAAUACUUGAUAUAAUUACCUAUCCUGUAGUUACCAGAACACUUAAAUGAAACAUUAAUUUUUACAUGCAGAAAAGUUCGUAAAGCACGGUCUUAACUUUUAAGCAGCACUUUUUGACAGUAAAUAAAGUGUGAAGGUCUACAAUGUGCUACUGUUAUAAGCCAAAUUCAUUCAUAUCAGAGAGAAAUAAAUGCUUAAUUUUAAUCAAUGAUAAAUGUAAUAUGCGUGUAAUUUUCCUUCUCCGUUGUAUUGCAUUUCAUCAUCUGUUUUUGUUUACAGAGAACAGAUGAAUAUCAAGGAGAGAAUGAAGGGACGAAUGAUGUAAAAUGCCUUUCCUCUGCUGUGGUAGAAGUCCUAAUUAUGAUGUUUGUGAUGUAGGCUGGUUUUAGGUCUUCUUUAAAUGGAGUUUUAAGGGCCCAUGCUAUGGAAAAUGCAAAUUUCUUCACUAUUUUGACAUAGUUGUAGUAUGAAAACACUGUCAAAGUCUCAAACCAUAUUGAGUCUCCAGUCCACAUUUAGAAAAUUCAUAACAAAACAUCUUUUGGAUUCACUGUUUCUGUGAUGUCACAAAAACCAACAUUUUUACACAUAACCACCUAUUCGGUCUACAGUAGUUAGCCUAGCCCAAAUAAGCAGUGUCUCAGCCUUGAUAGCUUUUUAAAUGAGGCACAAUACAGGCCAGCCAGUCCGAAUAGAGAUAUUUUACAUGUAUCUGUCUUAAAGACACAGUAAUGUAAAUAGAAAAUUGAAUUCCAAGACAUAGAGAGGGUGGUCAUGUAAAAAUCAAUUAUGGCCAUUCUUGGUACAUAAAACCACACAUCUUACAAGAGGACCCAGAGGAAAACAUAUAAUAAAAGAAAGAUAUAGUCUAUGGGACCUUUUUAAAGGCCUUUUUUAGCAGGUACAUGCAGAAUAAAAGGGAGUUUAGUAGUAAAACAAUGAUAAAACGCCUUUUACAGUACUAGUAUAUUAUUUGUACGGUGGCUACCGAAAUGUAAUCAACAUGUAAGCGACUUUGUACCUUCUAACGCACUCGUCAGAUCUGAGCAUCUGUCCUAGUGCCAACUCUCAGUAGAAGAGUUUAGCAAUCCUAAAUACUAUCCAGUUGGCAAUCAGAAGUGUCCUUUGGCUUUAGCCAGCCACUACUCCCACUCUAGUGUUAUUUACUGCCGUUGUGAAAACUGACCGUCUAAUUGUAGGGACAUAUAAUCAUGCGCAUAAUAAUGAUUACCGUGAUAUCAGUGUGAAUGUUCAACCACUGUAGUGUUUUAAGAAUUUCAUGUGCAGUAUAGUAGUGUAUUACUGAUCCUAAUGUGAGGAUUUGUGGCCUCUACUCAAGGCAAAACCUAUUAUUUCAGGUUGAAUGAGCAAGUGAACUUCCACUCAACUCGGCUAAUAUAAAAUGUCAUCAGGCUUUCACGCAGAUGCUUGUGGGUUAUUCCUGGAAACAUUCUCAUCAUUUUUGCCAGUUAAAAAAAAAUGAAAUGCAAGGUCUGUUUUCUUUAAAGACCUGGAUAGAAAAACCAGAAAUACUCACUUAAUACUCACUUAACAAUGUACGGAAGCCUUGACAUUAACAAUGUACAAAUGUUUUUGUAAAUUAAAAACAAAUCCUUAACAACCUUC